GCUUCGUACAGUGAUGCAAUUCCACUUUCUGAAUAUAAUCAGACCAACUUUGUUCUUCAAACGAAUUCCCAAUUAUCUGAGUUGAGAGCGGAGCAGGAACAUCAGCGAAAGUUGAUAAAUGGACUUAUAAUUGGAUUGAAUCAAGGCAAAUCCAUGGGGUCUUAUCCACGCAACUGUGCCGAGGCCAAGUCUAGUGAUAACUACGACAUACUACUUCCCAACUUGAGAAACCAACCAUUUACAGUUGCCUGCGAUGCGGAUACUCAAGGAGGAGGAUGGACGAUCAUCCUGAGGCGGAUCGAUGGCAGUGUCAACUUUUAUCGCGGUUGGAAAGCCUACAAAAAGGGAUUCCGAGAUCUUGGAGGCGAGUUUUUUUUGGGCUUGGAUAAAAUACACGCAUUGACCGCAGACAGGAGACAGGAAUUACUUGUGGUCCUAGAGGAUUUCGAGGGAGUUGAGAGAUUUGAGACAUACGAUGAUUUUGCUAUCGACGAUGAAGAUGAACAAUAUGUCCUACACAAAUUGGGCAAAGCCAGUGGAACUGCCGGUGAUUCACUCUCAUUUCACCGAGGCAUGAAAUUUACAACAUUUGAUCGAGAUAAUGAUCUACGCGCGCAAAACUGUGCCAAACUCAGAACUGGUGCCUGGUGGUACAAAACAUGUCAUGGAAGCAAUUUGACAGGAAAUUAUACUGACACAAGUAACAAAAUGGGCAUUAUUUGGGAGCUUUUUCGGGGUCAAUCUUACUCGCUUAAGAAAGUUGUCAUGAUGAUACGGCCAAAAAAGUUAAAGCUAUAAACUUUAAAAACUUUAGCAAUUUGUCUUUCUAUAUGUUUAUCUCUAUUUCUUUCGUUUUCCCUCACUCUCUAUCUUUUUAUACCUUUUUUUGAAGUGUCAUGUCAACCGAUUUGCAUCUAGAACGUCUUUUUAAUAUUAAAAUAUCUUGAAAAUGUACGUAUAAUUUUUGCAGUUUUUAAUAAC